AUAAAAUGUAGUAACUGUGAAACGACAAAUACUCCCCUUUGGCGAAGGAACCCAGAGGGCGAGGUUUUAUGCAAUGCAUGUGGCCUAUUCUUGAAACUUCAUGGUGUGGUUCGUCCGCUGAGUUUAAAAACUGAUGUCAUUAAAAAACGAAAUAGA